UUUUCCUCUCCAACCGAUGUGAGAUCUCACAUCGUGCCUACUUAAGUCACUUUUAGCUGCGGAAGGUCAAAUUUCACACUAUUAAAUUUUUGCCUUCAAUGUUUGUUUAUUAGAUGGAAUGUGCAUAAUGAUUAGCUGGUGCGUCUCUAGUUAAGAUUCCAUACCUAGGAUACUAAGCGAAUCACCAUAUUUUAAGCUAAUGUCGAUGAGAAUAAUACUGAUGCCAAACAGAUUAGACUCCAUUGCGAAGAGCCACUAUUUGUUCUGUUUUCUUUAACAUUAGAUUCUCUACUAAAUCUUUCCCCUCCGUAGUGAAGAUUGGAAUCUAACUCCAUUUGAAAAGCUUUUAAAUCCUCACAAUUGGUAUUGCACACUGCAGUUGUGCACAGGCAUCAAAGUUUAAGAGAAUUGUUGCUCUCUUCACUCUUUCAUUGUUGUUUCUGUCGCAAGAAUGCAGAGUUUUGAUGAUUCUCAAAAGAUCAAGCCAGUCUCGGCUGGACCCUUUGGAGGACCAGGUGGGAACAAGUGGGAUGAUGGGGUUUUUUCGAGUAUCAGGCAGUUGGUAAUUUCUCAUGGAGCUGGUAUCGACUCCAUUAAGAUUCAAUAUGAUGUGAAGGGAACGCCAAUUUGGUGUGAUAGACAUGGAGGAAAUGGUGGCACUAAAACAGACACGGUGAAACUUGACUUCCCGGACGAGUACUUGACGAUGAUCCGAGGACACUACGGUAGCUUUGUGUCAUAUGACCAAAUUUUCGUUCGAUCCCUGACAUUUAUGAGCAACAAAAGGAAGUAUGGACCUUACGGGGUCGAACUCGGAAGAGUUUUCUCAUUCCCAACGACCGAGGGCAAGCUUGUCGGGUUCCAUGGCAGGAGUGGAUUGUACUUGGAUGCCAUUGGAGUUUACCUAAAGCCUAUGUCAAUACAAACGCCAUCUAAAGCAAUUGUUCAAUCACAGAGUUAUGUUGCUACUAAGACAGAAAGUGAAGGCUAUUCAAUUAUACAAGGAAGUGUUGGCCAAAAUUAUGAUAUUGUUCUUGCUGUAAAGCAGAAGGAUGAACUCAAAAAGCCCCUUCCAUCAAGCUCCUCAAGCUCAGAAUCAAGUGAUGAUGAAUCCAUAACGAAGAGGCCUGUUAAGAAAGGACCUUCUAAAGCUGAAAAUGUUGUGCCAUGUGGACCCUGGGGUGGCUCAGGAGGAACUGCAUUUGAUGAUGGAUGUUACACUGGCGUUAGACAAAUUAAUAUAUCGCGCAAUGCCGGGAUCGUAUACAUAAAAGCUCUGUAUGCUUGCGAUGAGGAAUCAAUAUGGGGAAGCCGGGCUGGUGGAAAUGUAGGAUUCAAACAUGACAAGGUUAUCUUCGACUAUCCAUACGAAAUCUUGACUCAUGUAACUGGACACUAUGGUCCUGUAAUGUACAUGGGACCUAACGUUAUCAAGUCGCUUACAUUCCAUACUACAAAAGCCAAGUACGGACCAUUUGGGGAGGCACAAGGAACCCCUUUCAGUACCAACGUCAAAGAGGGGAAGAUUAUUGGAUUUCAUGGCAGGAAAGGUCUGUUCCUCGAUGCGCUCGGUGUGCACAUAGUAGAAGGAAAGGUGACCCCGGCGUCUCGUCCUCCCUCUGGUGAUAUCGUUCCUGCUACACAACCACUUCUCGAAAACGAGAGCGCUCAUUGGACUAAGAAACUUGCUCCUUCAAAUGGAAGACCACUUGAAGAGAUGGCUCGUGUAGUAAAAGAACCAGCUCCCUGUGGACCGGGACCGUGGGGUGGGGAUGGAGGAAAACCGUGGGACGAUGGAGUGUUUUCUGGCAUUAAACAAAUAUACCUGACCAAAUCUCUUGAAGCUUUUUGUUCAAUCCAAAUUGAAUAUGAUCGAAACAAGCAAUCAGUUUGGUCAGUUAAGCAUGGAGGAAACGGUGGAAUGACCAUGCAUCGGGUAAAGCUGGAUUAUCCACACGAAGUGUUGACUUGUAUCUCGGGAUAUUACGGUUACAUCGGUAAAGAUGAACGACAACAAGUUAUAAAGUCGCUUUCUUUACACACAAGUAGGGGGAAGUUCGGACCGUUCGGGGAGGAGAUAGGAACCUUUUUCACGUCGACGAUAACCGAGGGGAAGGUGGUUGGCUUCCAUGGGAGGAGCAGCUUGUACUUGGACGCCAUUGGAGUUCACAUGCAGCACUGGCUAGGUAGCCAAAGAUCAUCCAAGUCGUCCAUGUUUAGACUGUUCUGAUCUGAAACUGAAGAACAAAUAAAGCUUGGAUGGAGCAAUAUGGUUCCAUUAAUAAUCUAUUCUGAAUGUUUGGCUUAGUCAAAGGAAGCCUCAGUUUGAUAUUAUUAGUAAAAUGUAAUAAAAAGUACUAUAAAACAG